UUCGGUUAAUAUUUCCCUACAGUGGAGGUCAUUGAGCAUUCUAGCGAUAAGGUGCAUCGUCGUCAUCUCCGGAGGAUGAUGUAUGAAGAGGAUCAUAAAAUCUUUUACAAGUUUGUGUACUUAAUUUCUCCCUCAAUAUAGUAUAGGAAUUACCAUUUGAUGUGAUUCUGAUGAGCUUGACAUAGCAUUAAUGGAUCAAGACUUCCUUUAGCAAAUUCCCUGGCUCAUGUGGUCAUUGAUGAGGCCCAGCGUCUUGAAGAUCUAUCCAGUGUAUUGUAUAAUGUCCUCGAAGAACGUUUUAUCUUGCCAAGGCAUCUACUACUGACACACACGCAUAUUCAGAAGCUUUCUGAACUACGGGUGUUGACGCACUUCCUUCAGUUUCCAUGCCACUCGAUGAGUUCCUCUCUAUUUUUAAGGAACCCGGGAAUUUGCUAGCAGGUGGUACAACUGAGGAAAGCUUGCGGUCAUCCAUACCUAUUCUGUAGCAUUGAGCCCAAGCCUUAUGAGGAAGAGGAGCAUUUGGUUCAGGUCUGAAUAUGAUGGAGCUCCUGCUAACCAAGGCCGAUAUACACUGGAUCUCAGCUGUUAUAUAACCCGUGGUGCGAAGACAAGUUUUAAGUAGCCAGCCUGCACGCACACACAGACACAGCACACCACAGUCAUGGCCAUGACUGCUCCAGACACGUCUUGCCUGGUGGGCCCUGUAGCGUUCAAGGACUUGAACUGGAAGGACGAGGGCGAGAUGGUGAUCACCCCACCGGAUGAGAGUGCAGACAUUGUUUCCUCCCUGCCAAGCAACAUAACAGGUCCCAACAUUCAGCUGCGGCAGUACCAGGGCGUGUGGCUGCUAGGCACGGUGGUUCCCGGGCUUGUCUCCCUCCACCGUCGCUUCAGGUCGCGGCCGGGUGAUGUGCUCCUCGCGAGCCCUGCCAAAUCCGGCACUACCUGGAUCAAGGCGCUCACCUUCGCGACCAUGGCACGAUCCUCGUACCCGCCCUCCGCCCCUGACCACCCGCUCCGCCGCCUCAACCCGCACGAGUGCGUCCCCUACAUGGAGGACCUGUUCGUGGACGGCCACGAAGCCAAGCUGGAGGCACUGCCGUCGCCAAGACUCAUGCACACGCACCUGCACUACUCCCUGCUCCCUCGCUCCCUCGCCAACUGCAAGACCGUAUUCGUCUGCAGGGAGCCCAAAGAUAUGAUUGUUUCGCUAUGGCACUACCUGCAUCGCGCUGGAGUGAACUUCUCCUUCUCGGAGGUGUUCGAGUUGACAUGCGAUGGCAAGAACCCCAACGGCCCAUUCUGGGACCACGUCCUGGGAUACUGGAGUGCGAGCAAAGUCAGACCGGAGGGAGUCCUGUUUCUGAGGUAUGAGAAGAUGCUAGUCGAUCCGGUCGGCACCGUCCGAGAGCUCGCGCGGUUCCUGGACGUGCCAUUCUCGGCAGCCGAGGAGAUGGCGGAGUUGCCGAUGGAAAUUGGCAAGCUGUGCAGCAUAGACAUCAUGAGAGGCCUCCAAGGGAACAAAACAGGAAGCAUUGGGCAGUUCAAGUUUGCGCACCAAAGCUUUUUCAGGAAAGGGGUUGUGGGGGACUGGGUGAACCAUAUGACGCCUGAGAUGGCCCGCCGCAUGGAUGCCAUUGUUGAGGAAAAGCUCCGGGGAUCGGGGCUCACCUUCACGUCUUGACUCGGGUGCACGACACAGGGAGCUCGCGCAUGACAGCGGAAGCAGCUACCGCUCCAUGAUCAUGUCCCCGCGCUCUGAGCUCUCAGCUCCCGUCCCUGAACUGCAAGCUCUUGUAGCAGUGCGAGUCGACAGUGUCUAUCGGUCCAGUGUGUAUUGGCAGUAGGCCCUUGCUGUUUCCCUUCAUCGUGAUAGCUCCGCGAACUGUGUGCUGCAGCGAAGAACUGCUAUCUACGUUAGUUGAUA